UGCUGAGUUUCCUGAUUGUUCUGCAGUUAGAUUAAUGGAAGGGAAGCUGCUUUUGGUUGUAGUCAAUCCGACAUUGGAUUGUUUACCAAAAGCAUCUUUUGAAGCCAACAGGGCCGGUCAUUGUUCUUCCUCGCAGAAAGGUUCAAAAUAGCUGCAGUGUUUUUGUUCAACCAUUUAAUUGUUCCUUACCAACCUCCCUGCAUCUCCAAUAACGAGGUUAAAGGUUGGAAUGUUAUUCUGCUGGAGGCUUGACGCUUCCAAUAAAUUAUUGAUAUCAACGAUUUCUUAUGUCCAUGCAGCAUCUUUCUACGGUAAAACUGUUCAUUCCCUUGCAUCAGAUUAGUAAGUGGAAAGAAAAAUCACUUUCCUUUAUGUGAGUGUCCAGGUAAAUAUCUGUAAAGUGGCCAUGAACACAAAAAAUUUGGAACUUCAUUAGUGGAUGGUAGUUGACAACUGCUACUCAUUCCUGCUCCCCUAAACUGCACCACCACCUCCAACUUCUUCACAUAACUCUAAAGUAAGCUAUUCCCUGAACCAACACUUAUGAGUUGUUGGUUCCUCUUAUACUCUUCUAUAAAUAACCCACCCAUUCAGACACUUCAAUCACAGCCUGAACCAGUUCUCAACACAGCAUCCUUCUCCCACAAUUUCUCAUCCAUUACCACCUAAGCAAAUUCUCAACAUGAGCGGCGGUGCAGCUGCCCCUUCGACUGCGAUCACCAUCGGGGAACCGAGCGCCGAUGCCGCGGCGAGAGCUCCUGCUGCCCCUUCUGCGCCCCCUGCACCUGCACAAAAAGCUCGUUUUGCCAUUUUUAGGAGGACGAAGGAUGGCGCAGGAUGGAAGAGAGGCCUGGCUUUCUUCGGCUUCAUUCUGAGGAUCUUUGCUUUUGGUGCUGCUCUUACUGCCGCAAUUGUCAUGGGAACUACUGACGAGACCCUUCCUUUCUUCACUCACUACUAUCAGUUCCAUGCUGAGUUCUCCGAUCUCCCAGCCUUACUGUUCUUCGUGGUGGGGAAUGCGAUAGCAGCAGGCCACCUUGUAUUCUCCCUUCCGCUCUCCAUCAUCACCAUUUGUCGACCACAAGCAGUAGGUCCAUGGCUUUUGCUCCUCAUCUCUGACACUGUAAUGGUAGCCCUGACGGCCGCUGCAGCCUCAGCAGCUGCAGCAAUAGUGGCUUUGGCUCACAGUGGUAGUGAGAAAGCGAACUGGGUUGCCAUCUGCCUACGGUUUGAUGGUUUUUGCCAACAAAUUAGUGGUGCUGUUGUGGUCUCAUUUGUGGCAGUAGUCCUCUUAAUGGUCCUGGUUGUGAUAUCUGCUCUUGCUAUGCGAAAGCGUUAGAGAUGUCUGCAGUCUACCUUGUGUGCAUGUUUCAUGGCUUCAGGUCCGUGGUCUUUAAAUUUGUGUGGUGUAAAGCCAAAUUCCAGCUCUCUACUGUGGAGAGAAAUUCCCCAGCUGGAUAUAUAUCCUCUUGAUUGUUGUGAAGGUUGAAGUUUGUAAUUUGCUCUUGUGCAGUCUUUAAAGUACGAUUGGAAGUUAUAUCUAUGUGCCUGUUCAUGAAUGUAUCUCUUAGAUGCUUGAUGAAAACUUUCCUAGAGACGGAAA